AUGGCUUCGGCAUUCCUGGAGAAUCUGAAGGAGGAGGUGACCCGCCCCAUUUGCCUGGAGCUCCUGACAGAACCUGUGAGCCUUGACUGUGGCCACAGCUUUUGCCAAGCCUGCAUCACUACAAACCAGAAGAAGUCCACAGUCGUCCAAGAAGGGGAGGGCAGCUGCCCAGUGUGCAGAAUCAGUGACCAGAUUGAGAAUCUGAGGCCUAGUCGGCAUCUGGCCAAGAUAGUGGAAAGAGUCAGGGAGGUGAAGUUGAGUCCAGAGGAGGGGCAGAAGGUAGAUCACUGUGCACAACAUGGAGAGAAACUCGUACUCUUUUGUAAAAAGGAGAGUAAGAUAAUUUGCUGGCUCUGUGAGCAAUGUCAGGAGCAUCUUGGUCACAACAUGCUUCUUGUGGAGGAGGUUGCCCAGGAGUACCAGGAAAAGAUCCAGGCAGCUCUGGAGAAGCUGAAGAAGCAGCAGCAGGAAGCUGAGCAGUUGCAAACUGAUGUUCAAGAAGAGAGAACUUCCUGGAAGCCCGUGAGCCUAGACUGUGGCCACAACUUCUGCCAAGCCUGCAUCACUGCAAACCAGAAGAUGUCCACAGUAGUCCAAGAAGGGGAGGGCAGCUGCCCUGUGUGCCUAAUCCGAUACCAGAUUGAGAAUCUGCGGCCUAGUCGGUAUUUGGCCAACAUAGUUGAGAUGCUCAGGGAGGCGAAGUUGAGUCCAGAGGAGGGGCAGAAGGUAGAUCACUGUGUAUGCCAUGGAGAGAAACUCCGGCUCUUCUGUAAGGAAGAUGGUAAGAUCAUUUGCUGGCUCUGUGAGCGGUCUCCGGAGCACCGAGGUCACCACACAUUCCUCACAGAGGAGGUUGUCCAGGAGUAUCAGGAAAAGCUCCAGGCAGCUCUGGAGAAGCUGAAGCAGCAGCAGCAGGAAGCUGAGAAGUUAGAAGCUGACAUCCAAGCAGAGAGAACUUCCUGGAAGAAUCUAAUACAGUAUGAGAGAGAAACUGUCCAGUCAGAGUUUGAAAAACUGAGAGCCAUCCUGGACUGUGAGGAACAAAACCAGCUGCAAAAGCUGGAGAAAGAGGAGAGAGGUAUUUUGAAAAUCCUUGCGGAGUCUGAAAUUGAGCUGGCCCAGCAGAGCCAGGUGGUGAGAGACCUCAUCUCAGAUGUGGAGCAUCGGUUGCAGGGGACAGCAAUGGAGAUGCUGCAG